AUGGAAGAGAUGGAAGAAGAGUUAAAAUGCCCCGUGUGCGGCUCCUUCUAUCGGGAGCCCAUCAUCCUGCCCUGCUCUCACAAUAUAUGUCAGGCGUGCGCCCGCAACAUCCUGGUGCAGACCCCGGAGUCGGAGUCCCCCCAGAGCCGACGGGCCUCGGGCUCCGGGGUCUCCGACUAUGAUUAUCUGGACCUUGACAAGAUGAGCCUGUACAGCGAGGCGGACAGCGGCUAUGGCUCCUACGGGGGGUUCGCCAGCGCCCCCACUACCCCGUGCCAGAAGUCCCCCAACGGCGUCCGUGUGUUCCCCCCGGCUAUGCCGCCACCGGCCACCCACCUGUCACCGGCCUUGGCCCCGGUGCCCCGCAACUCCUGUAUCACCUGCCCCCAGUGCCACCGCAGCCUCAUCCUGGAUGACCGGGGGCUCCGCGGCUUCCCCAAGAACCGCGUCCUGGAAGGGGUAAUUGACCGCUACCAGCAGAGCAAAGCGGCGGCCCUUAAGUGCCAGCUUUGCGAGAAGGCACCCAAAGAGGCCACCGUCAUGUGCGAACAGUGCGAUGUCUUCUACUGUGAUCCGUGCCGCCUGCGCUGCCACCCGCCCCGGGGGCCCCUAGCCAAGCACCGCCUGGUGCCCCCGGCCCAGGGCCGCGUGAGCCGGCGGCUGAGCCCAAGAAAGGUCUCCACCUGCACAGACCACGAGCUGGAGAACCACAGCAUGUACUGCGUGCAGUGCAAGAUGCCCGUGUGCUACCAGUGCUUGGAGGAGGGCAAACACUCCAGCCACGAAGUCAAGGCUCUAGGAGCCAUGUGGAAACUGCACAAGAGCCAGCUCUCCCAGGCGCUGAACGGGCUGUCGGACAGGGCCAAGGAAGCCAAGGAGUUCCUGGUGCAGCUGCGCAACAUGGUCCAGCAGAUCCAGGAGAACAGCGUGGAGUUUGAGGCCUGCCUGGUAGCUCAGUGUGACGCCCUCAUCGACGCCCUCAACAGGAGGAAAGCCCAGCUGCUUGCCCGUGUCAACAAGGAACACGAGCACAAGCUAAAGGUGGUUCGAGAUCAGAUCUCUCACUGCACAGUGAAAUUGCGCCAGACCACGGGUCUCAUGGAGUACUGCCUGGAGGUGAUUAAGGAAAAUGAUCCUAGUGGCUUUUUGCAGAUUUCUGACGCCCUCAUAAGGAGAGUGCACCUGACUGAGGAUCAGUGGGGGAAAGGCACGCUCACUCCCAGGAUGACCACGGACUUCGACUUGAGUCUGGACAACAGCCCUCUGCUGCAGUCUAUCCACCAGCUCGACUUUGUGCAGAUGAAAACUUCCUCUCCAGUCCCAGCGACCCCCAUCCUACAGCUGGAGGAGUGCUGCACCCACAACAACAGCGCUACGCUGUCUUGGAAACAGCCGCCCCUGUCCACGGUGCCCGCCGAAGGAUACAUUCUGGAGCUGGAUGACGGCAAUGGUGGUCAGUUCCGGGAAGUGUAUGUUGGAAAGGAGACCAUGUGCACCGUGGAUGGUCUUCACUUCAACAGCACAUACAAUGCUCGCAUCAAGGCCUUCAACAAAACAGGAGUCAGCCAGUACAGCAAGACCCUGGUCCUCCAGACGUCCGAGGACACAGAUUCAGAAGAACAGACAGUCCCUUUUCCAGUGCCUUCGGAAAGAUUGCCGCUCCGUAGAAUGAGUCCUUUCUCCUCCACCCUUAAUCUACAGCCCAGCUUCCCCAGGAGAUCCUACUUUGAUUUCCGGCCCUCACCCCAUCAGCUGAGCUUGCAUUCCUCUUUACAGUCUCUCAAUGCACCGGGAUGCAAUUUUGAGACACAAUCUGCACCUUACUCUCAAUUAGUUGAUAUUAAAAAGCUGUUGGCAGUGGCCUGGUUUGCUUUUGACCCUGGCUCGGCGCACUCUGACAUCAUCUUCUCCAAUGACAACCUGACUGUGACCUGCAGUAGCUACGAUGACCGGGUGGUGCUGGGGAAGACUGGCUUCUCCAAGGGCGUCCACUACUGGGAGCUCACGGUGGAUCGCUAUGACAACCACCCAGACCCUGCCUUUGGCGUGGCUCGCAUCGACGUGAUGAAGGAUGUGAUGUUAGGAAAGGACGACAAAGCCUGGGCAAUGUAUGUGGAUAAUAACCGGAGCUGGUUCAUGCACAACAACUCGCACACCAACAGAACUGAGGGAGGGAUCACAAAGGGGGCCACGAUCGGGGUCCUCCUAGACUUAAAUAGAAAAACGUUGACAUUUUUUAUCAACGACGAGCAGCAAGGUCCCAUCGCGUUUGAGAACGUGGAAGGGCUGUUCUUCCCGGCAGUCAGCCUGAACAGGAACGUGCAGGUCACGCUUCACACGGGGCUCCCAGUCCCCGACUGCUACUCGAGCAGAGCAUCAAUAGCCUAA